GCCCGGACAGGCUGUCUCAGACUGGGAGUGAGCUGUGUGCAGAGAGCAGUCACUCCCAGAGGGCGUUUCUCUGCACGCAUCGAGUCUCAGCAAAAACACAGAGCUGAAAUAAAGUUCCAGUAUAACUUACUCACUUCCUUGAAUGUUUAUACCUGUCUCUGCUCACCUGGUCCUCUCUCUUUCACUUUCUCUCCACUGCUGUAACUCCACCGGCCACCAAACAUGGGCAAACACUCCACCAACAUGAGGGUCAAGCUGCCCAUCUUCUGCUUGCUGCUGGAAGCCAUCACCAUUCUGCUUUUUGCCAUCUUUGUGAGAUAUAACGAUGAGACUGAUGCCAGCGAAUGGCACGACAGAAUGAAGAAGCACAACGAAUCCAACGCCGAUAACGAUUUCUAUUUCCGCUAUGCCAGUAAGUAUUGCCAACGGGCCAGGUCCCGUUCACCAUCACCUCUAAUGCCAGAGCUGAAACAGUUAAAAGGAUUUAGACGGGUAGUAUCAUUCCUCUGGAAUUUCUUAUUAAAAGGUGCCAGAUCUACUGUGUUUUCCUAAACACUUACUCGUACUGCUGGGCAGAGUAUGAAAAGGGCUGCCCUGCAGGAUGCAGAAUUCCAGUGCUGUACGAGGUACCUCCAUUCAUUAAAUUAUGGAGGAAGAUUGCGAUGCCCUGCAUAUUUCAGGAAAGCACUUUUCACGCCCUGCCCAUCCACAAGAAAAUGUCAGGAGACAUUGUACUGCGCUGCGGAAUUUGUUGGCGCUUUAUAAAUAAAUAACGAGUCUUGGAACAGAUGGUGAAUCUGGCAUAUCUGUUGGGAACAAGACCCCACAGAACUCUUCUUGACUGUUUACAUACUGGGCUGCCCUCCCUGUACAAACAGUAGUCCCAUUCUGACUGUGCCAGCCGAUUACUGCUCAGCCUGGCGCACUUGGCUGGCACAGUGGAAAUUUUCCUGAUUGUGUUUCACCCUCCUAUAAGAGUAGUCCAUUCUGCAAGCCCCAGACACAGAUAUUGAAUUGCCAUCUCUUGGGCACGGAUUCUGCAGUCACAUAAUCUCCCAUUGUAGAAAAGUAAAAAUAGUCUGAGCACAUUAAUAAUUACCUGUUAGUUUUACCGCUGGUUCCGGCUUCAGACUCUGUAAAUCAGUCACUAGCCGGAGAAAUGACACUUCUACAAACUGCAUCAUUAAACAGAAAACACAUGUUUAAUUGUUCAGUCUCGGAGGGAGGAGCUGAGUGCUAGGUAUCAGCUGUGUAUAGGAAGGUAUUGAUUCAUUUCUUUAUAUGUAUAUAUGGAGAUAUUCUCUGAGUCAGGGAUUGUGGGGAAUUGCAAAUUGUAAGACGAAAUAGUCAAAUUGGACCAAUUCUCCAAAUCGGUUGUUUAAUUUUACAUUCCUUUGUCAAUGAUCCAAAUGCCUUGUUUUAGUGAAUUAACCUUAGUCUAUGUACUAUAUGUACUAGACUUGUGCACAAACCUUUCUCAGCUGUUUCACACAAAUCAAAUUUGCUUUUUAAUCUAUGCUUGACCAAAUCGAUCCACCCAGGAUUUAAUGCAUAAUAUUCCAAAGGUAAGUCCUGGACGGGUCGAAUGUAAAAUAAAAGGAAUUUGAUUCGAUCGUACCAGCUGAAACGAUUUUGUUCACAAGUGUAAUAGGUACAGCGUUAGAGAAUUUCUUUUAUCCGUCUAUACAUUGGCUGCAGAAUGGGUGGGCUAUAUAUGUUUAAAUCCAAUUCUAAACUACUUACCUGGUAUCAGAGAGCAGAUCGGGUAAACGUUAAAGGAAGGGUUAAUAUGAACUGGGACAUGUUUUAAACUGCGGUCUUUAGACUACCAGUCAGUCAUCAUCUAAUUAGUGUGGUUUAUGGUUUUGUUUAAUUAAGUUUGAAAAGGAUAGUGAAGACAUUGUUUUCUCCUAAUUCCAUUAACAUCUAUAUAUAUAUAUAUAUAUUUUUUUCUCUGUCGCGAUUAUUCUCUAAUCUUCAAAUUGCACUGAAUGUCAAACUUUAGACAAAAAUAUUAAACCUGUAACUAAACCGAACUGAGAAACCUUCUCCUAAAAUUUGCCAUGUAGAUGUUAAUUUAGUGCAAGCUGGAAUCGAGUGAAUAACCUUUUAUAAAACUAGAACUGCGGUCUCAGCAGAUUGGAGUGCAAGCUCCUGUGAACACAGCCUGUCUGGGGUCUGCUCUGUGAAUAGACAGCAGCCAGGAGUGAGAGUGGUCUUGGAUCAAUUAACAGGUUACCCUGACCCAGGAUCACUCUCACUGGUAGGUCAAGCAGCGGAGAGGGGGAAGGUGUCAAAGAAGACUUACACAAUUCAAUAAAUAUACACGGCUAAUCAAACACAGCAUAAAAUAAAAGUCCCCUAAUUUGUUUAAAAAUGUUAAAAAAAAACAUGCUGAUUUUAGUUAUCAAAUAUUGAACAUUUGGGAGAAAUAACACUCCUAGUGUACCACUAAUAGGACUGCCAGAUUCAUCCUGUAUCCCUGCACAAACAUACAUAAUAUUUUAAUGAGGAGUACCCAGAACUUUCCUCUCUGCAGAUACUGCAGGUAGAUAAUAAAGCGAUUCAUUGUUGAGACAUCUUGCAGAGUAUGACUACUAUAUACUCCAGGGCAGCACUCUUCAUGUACUGCCCACAUUAUAUAUAUAUAUAUAUAUAUAUAUAUAUAUAUAUACACACACUGCAUAUGUACAUUCAAAAUGUGCUCAAGCAAGCUUUGUGGGUUUGGCAACCCUAACCAUCACUAAAAGCAGAUAAACUAUGUAAAAUAAUGAAUUUAAUGCCUCCCUUCUGCAGCAUAGGAAUUCUACAUACUAAAGGGAUGGGCAGUAUGUUUUCUGGACUGACCUAUCAGCACGAAGUAAAAUGUGAUAUGUGUCCUCAACUCAUAGCGGCUAAGGCAAUCCUAACCUGUCGGGCGGUUUUUUAAAUCGCACAAUUCCAUUUUAUUUAUUUAGGAGCAUUUUAUUUAUUUUUUCCCCUACCACACUGUUGGAGAGAACAUUCUACUUGUUUAUCUCUUUCUAUUUACUUUUAUGAUGUUUUGUUGUAGGGAUAAUCUCCGAGCAUCCCAAACAUCACAGGAAGAUUUUAGAAUGUUAAAAAUGAGCUGUAAUUGGUAUUUUUGCCAUGUCAACCUAGAAAGCUAUAGGUUCCACAAACUGUCCGAGACCCAAGUCCCACCAUUCCAGGUCAUAUCUCCAGUGCCCUGCAGAAGUACAGGACAAUUUACCUAACUAGCCACAUGGGUCUGGCCCAGCGCAGGCACCCAGGGGUACCCAGUCUCCCGGCAAGACUGCAAUAAACCAACGCUGCCCCAGCGUGUUGCAAGCCGGCCAGCUGUGCACCUGUCGAGAUUCCUUAGAAUCCACCUAUGGCUGGAAGUGAUAUUAGAAGAUGAAAUAUUUGAACUGUUUACGAGAGGCGGUACAGAGGGCUUGUGUCAGACUAUUAUGAUUAUAAACGACUUUCACGUGAUGCUGACAGCACAAACGGAGAAGUGAUUUAUUUAUUUAUUUAGCCGUUUUCUAUUUGACUCAGCUGUCGUAGAGACACAGUCACAGCAGUGAAAGGGUUAACGAUGUAAGAAAAGACGGAUUAGCAUCAUGAGAAUAAGCAGUGACAACGUUGGGGAUGGCCGCUUUUAGAAUUAUUUACUAAAGCUUGAAUCGCGGCAAACUGAAAUAUGAAGAGAAAAACAUAGACAAAAAUAGCUGAUAUGGAAAAAUUCUCCAAUCCAGCCAGCGUUCGUCACGGCUCGACUAUUCUAGCCUUAAUUCAGAUAUCAAUUUAUGAAUUCUACAUACUAAAGGGAUGGGCAGUAUGUUUUCUGGACUGACCUAUCAGCACGAAGUAAAAUGUGAUAUGUGUCCUCAACUCAUAGCGGCUAAGGCAAUCCUAACCUGUCGGGCGGUUUUUUAAAUCGCACAAUUCCAUUUUAUUUAUUUAGGAGCAUUUUAUUUAUUUUUUCCCCUACCACACUGUUGGAGAGAACAUUCUACUUGUUUAUCUCUUUCUAUUUACUUUUAUGAUGUUUUGUUGUAGGGAUAAUCUCCGAGCAUCCCAAACAUCACAGGAAGAUUUUAGAAUGUUAAAAAUGAGCUGUAAUUGGUAUUUUUGCCAUGUCAACCUAGAAAGCUAUAGGUUCCACAAACUGUCCGAGACCCAAGUCCCACCAUUCCAGGUCAUAUCUCCAGUGCCCUGCAGAAGUACAGGACAAUUUACCUAACUAGCCACAUGGGUCUGGCCCAGCGCAGGCACCCAGGGGUACCCAGUCUCCCGGCAAGACUGCAAUAAACCAACGCUGCCCCAGCGUGUUGCAAGACGGCCAGCUGUGCACCUGUCGGGAUUCCUUAGAAUCCACCUAUGGCUGGAAGUGAUAUUAGAAGAUGAAAUAUUUGACCUGUUUACGAGAGGCGGUACAGAGGGCUUGUGUCAGACUAUUAUGAUUAUAAACGACUUUCACGUGAUGCUGACAGCACAAACGGAGAAGUGAUUUAUUUAUUUAUUUAGCCGUUUUCUAUUUGACUCAGCUGUCGUAGAGACACAGUCACAGCAGUGAAAGGGUUAACGAUGUAAGAAAAGACGGAUUAGCAUCAUGAGAAUAAGCAGUGACAACGUUGGGGAUGGCCGCUUUUAGAAUUAUUUACUAAAGCUUGAAUCGCGGCAAACUGAAAUAUGAAGAGAAAAACAUAGACAAAAAUAGCUGAUAUGGAAAAAUUCUCCAAUCCAGCCAGCGUUCGUCACGGCUCGACUAUUCUAGCCUUAAUUCAGAUAUCAAUUUAUUACAGAUUGGGGUUUAGUAAAUAACUGUUAUUAUUGCUGGGGAACCAAACUGAAUUCAAAUUGUAUUUAACAUUUAGGCCAAAAAUAGCCCUGACUGAAAAUAAAGCUGAAUUGGAUAUUUUUUUUUUGGAGGGGAGAUUUUGGCUGCUAUUACCUAAAAUGUAAUUUUCAAUCUCUGAAAAUUUACAUUUUGGUGAAUGACCCUGUCAGUCUAUACCUCAAACAUGUAAUUAUUAUGUCAAGUGCAAAAUUGGGUCUGACAGGUGCUUUCCCACUGCUACUUAACCUUCUGUGAAGUAUGGCAGCUGUAGCCCAGGGCUGGCUUACUUUAGUGGCUGUGGCCAUCCGAAAAGAGCCGUAGAGCUAAUGUUUAUCCAAUUCAAGUAUUAUGGGAGAUUCCAGCCGGGGUGGGAAGCUACAGAUUUCCCAUCUCAGUGUGUCAAUAUAGGUUGGCUGAGAGUAAGAGGAUUUGUAGUCCAGUAACAUCCAGUUCUAGAAUUUGGCAAUCACUCAUUUAGAACCAUUUAGAUUAAUAUAAUUGAUGAAAGUUGCAAUCCAGUAUUAUGGAUGGUUCUGGUCUGCCUUUUCCUGUAUUAAACCGGGUUGUGGCUGAGGAUGAUGAGAGAAAUAGAGUAUUGUAUUGUGAAGUCACCUGUGUUUACUCUCCAGUCAGCUGGAGCUGGAACCUCAGUCUGCAGAAUUCAAUAAAUAUUCAGGCUGUGGUUUUAGGAGUUUAAACCCAAACUGAGGGGCUCUUUAUACACAGAACCAUGCAUAUUCAUAUAUACACCACUCAAAAAAAAUAAAGGGAACACAAAAACAACACAUCCUAGAUCUGAAUGAAUUAAAUAUUCUUCUGAAAUAAUUUGUUAUUUACAUAGUUGAAUGUGCUGACAACAAAAUCACACAAAAAUAAAAAAAAAUGGAAAUCACAUUAUUCAACCCAUGGAGGUCUGGAUUUGGAGUCACACUCAAAAUUAAAGUGGAAAAACACACUACAGGCUGAUCCAACUUUGAUGUAAUGUCCUUAAAACAAGUCAAAAUGAGGCUCAGUUGUGUGUGUGGCCUCCACGUGCCUGUAUGACCUCCCUACAACACCUGUGCAUGCUCCAGAUGGUCUCCUGAGAGAUCUCCUCCCAGACCUGGACUACAGCAUCUGCCAACUCCUGGACAGUCUGUGGUGCAACGUGACGUUGGUGGAUCGAGCGAGACAUGAUGUCCCAGAUGUGCUAAAUUGGAUUCAGGUCUGGGGAACAGGCGGGCCAGUCCAUAGCAUCAAUGCCUUCGUCUUGCAGGAACUGCUGACACACUCCAGCCACAUGAGGUCUAGCAUUGUCUUGUGUUAGGAGGAACCCAGGGCCAACCACACCAGCAUAUGGUCUCACAAGGGAUCUGAGGAUCUCAUCUCGGUACAUAAUGGCAGUCAGGCUACCUCUGGCGAGCACAUAGAGGGCUGUACGGCCCCCCAAAGAAAUGCCACCCCACACCAUUACUGACCCACUGCCAAACUGGUCAUGCUGGAGGAUAUUGCAGGCAGCAGAAUGUUCUCCACGGCGUCUCCAGACUCUGUCACGUCUGUGACAUGUGCUCAGUGUGAACCUGCUUUCAUCUGUGAAGAGCACAGGGUGCCAGUGGCGAAUUUGCCAAUCUUGGUGUUCUCUGGCAAAUGCCAAACGUCCUGCACGGUGUUGGGCUGUAAGCACAACCCCUACCUGUGGACAUCAGGCCCUCAUACCACCCUCAUGGAGUCUGUUUCUGACCGUAUGAGCAGACACAUGCACAUUUGUGGCCUGCUGGAGGUCAUUUUGCAGGGCUCUGGCAGUGCUCCUCCUGUUCCUCCUUGCACAAAGGCGGAGGUAGCGGUCCUGCUGCUGGGUUGCUGCCCUCCUGCGGCCUCCUCCACGUCUCCUGAUGUACUGACCUGUCUCCUGGUAGAGCCUCCAUGCUCUGGACACUACGCUGACAGACACAGCAAACCUUCUUGCCACAGCUAGCAUUGAUGUGCCAUCCUGGAUGAGCUGCACUACCUGAGCCACUUGUGUGGGUUGUAGACUCCGUCUCAUGCUACCACUAGAGUGACCAAAACAUCAGCCAGGAAGCAUAGGAACUGAGAAGUGGUCUGUGGUCACCACCUGCAGAACCACUCCUUUAUUGGGGGUGUCUUGCUAAUUGCCUAUAAUUUCCACCUGUUGUCUAUCCCAUUUGCACAAGAGCAUGCAAAAUUGAUUGUCACUCAGUGUUGCUUCCUAAGUGGACAGUUUGAUUUCACAGAAGUGUGAUUGACUUGGAGUUACAUUGUGUUGUUUAAGUGUUCCCUUUAUUUUUUUGGCAGUGUAUAUUAGCUAUUUUUUCCUUUGUAUCAAGUUUCUGCUAAUAUUACCACUAGGGUUGAAGGUACACUCCGAGCACCAUAAUCACUAGGGCUAAUUAAGCGCACCCCAUUGAAAAUAGUCAAACAUUUUAGAGAGGUUUGACUUCUUCCCUGGGGUCACCUGGGCGCUGCUCCCCACCUCUACCACUGACAACUGACUGAAGGGCUCUCUGUCUGAGCUACUGCCUGCAGUGCAGGGCGCAGCUCAUUGGCUGAGAGCAAUAAGAUGAUAUUCAGAUCUCCGCCAUCAGCAGUGAAGGCAGUGAAUGCUGCCCAGUGGACCCCAGGUAAGACGUCAAAACGUCUUAACACGGUUUGACUUAUUAGAAAUGAAGGGGGAGCGACAGGGCGCAUCUGGUACCAUAACCACUAGUUGGAGUAGUCCUUUAAGGUCCGCAUCAGAGAUAGAGGAUACAUAUGGCAAAACUGGUACAAAAAUACAAUAAACGUUUAGCUAAGAAAUAGCAAUUCACACCAGUAAAUCAUGAAAAAUAAAAAGCAAUUUGACAAUAUUCUAUAAAAACCUUGCAGCCACCCCAGACAGUAAUUACGUGAAAAAGAAAAUCAAAAUAAAAUGACUUCCAAUUCCUCAUCUGAGUCAUUAAACUGUGCACUUUUCUUCAUUUUAUUGAAAUAUGUAUGGAGUAUAUUUAUUGCACCACUUAUAAUAAUUUUAUUUUUAUUGUUAUGUAUGCAUUUCUGCAUUCAUUAGAGGGCUGUCUACACUAGUUUGGGAGAUCCGUUCACUCCUGUGGACUUGAACUUUUCGCCUCAGUACGAUGGGAGUUGCAGUUCAGAGCAUAUCUAGCGUCUCGUUUAUAUGCAAUGUUUCAGUUUGUUGAUGUAUUGAGCCUCCCAGCAGCUCACUCUGGUCCACAGCUCAUGCAGAACGGGACACCCAUGACACUCAGGCAGCUAACAUUCUGUUAUUUAUUUAUAAAAUCAGAAAGUAAAAUAUAUAUGUGUAUUUCGUCACUCUGUUUACCAGUGGCGGCUGGUGAAUUGAAAGUUGAUGGGACACUGCCCUCCCUGAGUUUCUGGGCUUUACCUGUUUAACCCCAUUAGAUGCCAUGCCUUGUUUAAAAGCAGCUGCAUCGCCAAUCAAUAAAGAGGAAAAAGUGCAUUGCCGAUACAAUCAUGACCGACACAUGUAUUUUCUAACACACACCUAUCAGUAGGCCUUACAAUGCCAAUAGAUUUGACCUCUUGGAUGAAGGACUAUCUAGGAAUUUUCCCAGCUGCCCUAAUGUUACACUGCAUUUGUCACAUUUAUCUUGGUAUUGCUAAUUUGUAAUAUAUUCUAAUAUUUCUCUAGUAACUGAGUUUCUCAAUAUUUCUACGAGGCCUUGAGAACAUCUGCAGGCAAUGUUUUAUGCCAACUGAUAACAUCUGUGAGAGAAUGACUCAGGCUAGCGCUCAGUAUAUUCCCAGACAAGAACAGGUAAAACCAGAUUGCUGAAAAAAUGGCUCGAAGUACAAAGGGACUGAGUAACAACAACAAAUUCAACAUUUAAAUGUUAUUGUAAAGGCAUUUCCGGGUUUGGUCACAAUAUGACUAAUGCACUUUCUCUAACCGUGAGUGAACCAUUUUUCUCCAAGAAAAUAAUUCUAUUUAAUACAAUUACUAAGAUUAAUCCAUUUUAAUAGCGUCCCAAAUUUCUUCUUUAAACUCCGUGCCUCCCUGAUUUCUAAUGGCUAAGGAGGGACACUCUCACUUCAAGAGCAGAAUCUUGGGGUACAGCAUUGCCAAUGCAUUUAGGGCGACUUUGCAUUGAUAGAGGGUUAUACACCAGAAAGGUUUGUAUUGUACUUGGUGCUAUUCACAAUAAUAUAGCGUCACUGGUGGACCUAGGACAUCCCAGUUUGUGUUUUAGAGUCUUUCCUUAUGCUUAUGGCUAUCACCGGAAGAAAACAGUGGUAGCUUAUCCUGUCAUGGCAGCAAUGGGACAAUUCUGGACUUUAACCAUUGAGGCAGUAGAGUAGCAUUCUCUUACAAUUUUUCAGUGAGUGUUUGUGAAGCUGGUGGUAGGUGGCAUAGUAUGGCUCUGUAUGUUUGUAUGUAGUUGAUAGAGUGUAUUUUGAGUGUUUGGGUAGGUGUGGCAGUUGUGAGCGAGUAUAAGGGCAGGUAAGGUAAUUCUCUGGGUGCGGUAGUUGGUAAAUUGUAUUUUGUGUAUAAAGGUAAGUGGGGUAGUUGUGAUAGUGUAUAAGGGUAGGUAGGGUAAAUCUCAUUGUGUAUUUUGUGUAUUUAGUUAAAUGUGGUAGUUGGAAUGUGUAUUUUUUUGUAUAAAGGUAGGUGGAGUAGUUGUGAGCGUGUAUAAGGGUAGGUAGGGUAAUUGUCUGGCUGGGGUAGUAGGUAAAGUGUGAAUAUGUUUUUUUUUAAUGUAUGUAUGUAGGUAGGUGGUGUAGUUGUGAGCGUGUAUAAGGGUAGGUAGGCUAAUUCUCAGAGUGUAUUUUGUGCAUAUGGGUGUGUGUUGUAGUUGGUAAAGUGUAUUGUGUGUAUAAAUGUAGCUGAGGUAGUUGUCAAUUUAUAAGGGUCAGAAGGGUAAGUCUCAGUUAUUUUGUGUAUAUGGGUAGGCAGUGUAGCUACCAGACUGUAAUUUGGGUAUAUGGGUAAGUCGGGUUCUUGCAGAGGGUAUUUUUUUGUAAAUGGGUAGGCAGGGUAGUUGUCAGUGUAUUUUGUGUAUGUGGAUAAGAGAGGUAGUUGGAAGAGUGCAUUUUGUUUACAUGGGUAGGUGGGGUAAAUUGGUAAGGGGGGUAGUUGGCAGAGUUUAUUUCGGUAAGCGGGGUAGUUGGCAGAGUGUAUUAUUUGUGUGUAUUUUUGCACAUUAGAAGCUGAGAGAGAGUGAGUAGGGACUGUGCCCCCACAGGUUGGAAACCACCGUCUAGCCCCUUACUUCUGUACCCAGUAGAUACCACCUUCCCAGAUAAUAUCUGCAGUUCAUCUGUCUCCAAAUGGUAAAUUAUUUAGAAGUCAGAAGCUUUUAUGUAGAGAUGUCUUCAUACAACACAUACUUCAGGGCCGCACUAAUAGAUGGAAGGAUUCCCUGGGCAGUUAUUGCAUAUAUUUGGACCAUGGACCUUUUUAAUGUUAAGGCCACUACUUAAGUAAGGGAGGAGGCUAGUGAAGGUUCCUGCAUUUGUAAAGGAGGAGACUGGUGAGGGUUCCUGGAAUGUCAAGAGGGGCAGAACGGAAGUAAAGCCUUAACUUAAUUACCUUAUCAUACAUCAGGCGUCGUGGACUUCAUGUCUUCUUGUCCUUUCCUCAGUCACCAAGCUCAGUGCACAUUAGCCAGUUGUUGUCACAUGACCAAGAGAGCCCACAAACUAACUGGUUGCUCUUUGUUCACCAUCAACACACUCCAUGAGGACAUUGUGGUCCAAAGUGAAAUUGGACACAAGCAGUCGCAAGAAAAUAACAAAUAAAAUUCUAAUGUGGGAUUCAGGGGUAAUAUGCAUAAUACACUCAUAUUUUAGUCCAGGGCUUUACUGAUCAAGAUUCGGGGCUCCAGCCUUUGCAGCCCAGCCCAACAAUGCCACUGUCAUCCUUAUUAACACCGUUAUGAGUUUCAAGCUCUCUUAAAAAAACAAAGAAAGGAAUGCCUGGACUACAUUCUUUCCAAAAGCCUUGUGUGAUGAGGGGUUAAUUGUAGAAGGUAAUUCUCUUUCCCCUUUUUCCAGGUUAGCUGACUUGGAGAAUUUUACCAAUUCAGCAGUUUAGGCCUUAAUUUUCAUGAUGAGAAGCAAUUUUCUGAUCCUACGUCCAAUUAAGCCGUCUACCUCCGUACAUGCUAGAGUUCCAAGUCAGACUGCACUCUGUCUCCUAGAGUCCCCCCACCCCCUGUGAGUCUGCUUUCAACACAUAAUACAAUCUAACAUCUUUGGGAGCAAUGGGAACACCAGUUCACAUGAAGACCAAUGUAUUUAUUCUCUUUACAUUGUCAGGUUUCCAACAAUUCUGAUUGGUCAGAAACACAAUGAACCUAGUGGGUUACCUGCAGUUCUCGUAACCCAUUCUGUCUACAUAAAGGCAGGACGUCUUGGAGGAGUAAAUGGAUCUAAACCACUCUCCCUAGUUGUAUCAUGCAUUAGUCAUGGAGGCUUUACUGAUCAUUUAAAGAGUUUGAGGAAAAGCCAAUAGCUAAAUAACAUUUCCACUUUCCAAACGUCCUAAUUUGUUAAACGAAAGAGAAAAGUUUAAUGUCCUCACGUUGCUACAAACAAUUAUAAAGGAAUCAUAUUUACUAAAUUAUCCCUAAAAAAUCUAUGCAUUUGAUUUAAUUGUAUAAUCUCCAGAGGUUGACUUGACAAAGUAUCUAUCUGAUUGAACAUUGCAAGAAUUGACGGAAUCUGCCUCACUGGGAACUUGGUCUAUUUGCCUCGCAGGCUCUGGGUGAGGCAGGUAAUCACCUAGUCUCCAGGGCAGCUAAUUAAUCUUAGGAUGGGGUGGAGUGACAGAUAGCUAUGAGAACUCCCAUCCUGGCCUUAAAUAACACAGAAGCCCAGAAUCAACCCCUGUAUCAGUGGUAGGUAACCUUCAGCACUGCAGAUGUUGUGGACUAAAUUUCCCAUAAUACUCUACAGCCAUAAUCCUGGAAAUUCAUUAGGGGAGAUGUAGUCUACAACAUCUGGAGUGAGGAAAGCUGCCCACCCCUGCCCUAUGUGCUUGCCAAUUCAAGACUUGAAACCACAGACUGUUCCUGUUCUGGUUGCCAUUGUAAUUGCAUGCAUUUCAUCUCUGCCUGCCAUAUUGUGUGUGUCCUACCUGUGCUCAUGACAUAACUGGCACCAGAGGCACAGCUGGACUGCAUGGGCAUUAAAUGAUGCCAUGGACCUGCAUAAUUGCAUUCAUAUUAUAGGUCACUGGAAAUUAGCUUGUCGCAAUCAAUGGCAAUCAAGUCUUUCUGUUCAGAAAUGGCAGAUGCUCAUAUUAAUGUGAUAUAAUCACAAAGUACCAUCUAACCUUAAAACAAACCUUUAUAUCAUUUACGACUUUUACUGUAUAAAGAAAAAGUGUUUUGUACUAAUAUUGACCCUGAUUAAUCAUGUAUUUGGUAAAGGUUGGCACUGACGAGCCAAUCUGGAAAGACUGUCCUACAGAAUAUGGUCUGUUGCCUUUGCAGGCAGCCUAUGUCCCAAUAUCUUUUUUUUAUACAUAUCUGCCGAAACAUUCCGCACAUUCAUGGUUCAUGAUUUGUACACAAAUAUUUUGUGGUAGUGAAACUGUCAGAAAAGGAAUUGAUGUAAAGCCAUGCCAACCUGAAAAUUGAUUAUGUCUCCAGCAAAAUGGCCGCCCCAAUGAUAUCCUCUCAUAUCACAAAGCGGCCAUAUUUGUACUAUUACCUAAUUCCACGCUGGUAAUGUACCAGAAAGUAUUUAUUAUAACUAUACAUGCACUAGUUAUUUGGCCUGCACAACGCAUAUAUAAAAUUACAAGCACGUUGGCAAGAUGCCAUUUUAUAAACAAACUAAAUUAUACAUGCAAUUACACACGAUAAAAUCUAAACUGAUUUGAUGCAUGUUCUCAAGUUCUCCAGACUUUACCAGAAUGGGUCAUUAAGAACUAUUUGUUUUGCUAGCCUAUUGAAGCAGAAAAUCUAUUCAAUUAACUAGUCCAUACACCUCAUCAUAAAACAAUCUAGUAUAUUAACAUCCAAAGAACGUCUGACCUUGUGAUCUGGGCUUGAGAACGCAUGGGAGCAAAUUUUCCACUGACUGUAACCCUAACAGAGUUUGUUAUUAGUUCCAUCCUGGUUAGUUUACGCUUCGAGAAUUUUUAUGUUUGCCAAACCAACUAGAAUCAGCAAACGAUGUAUUUUAUUAUGUUUAUCCUCGGUGGAAUCCUCAGUGGAAUUUAACGCCUUCGCUACUGAGUGCAUAUUUUUUAAACGUGGUUUCCAUUUCUAGAACAUAAGACUUAUAGUCAGUAGUUUUGUGUCUAUAAUAUCGGUGUCCAUUGCUACCUAAAAAUAAAAUGAUGUAAAUGUAGACUGGCUCACCACCAGCUACGUUCCCCAAUGUAUGUGUGGACAAUCAAUCAUCUAUCUCAGGAACUUCUUAAGGACCGGAGUCAGGCAAAUUCCUUCUGUUAUCAGGAAAUGCGUAGCAUAUCGUUGGUAUUUAAAUCGGUUAAGUAUAAAUUUGAUGUGUCGGGUAAAAUUAAAGCAAGCACAUUUCACCGUCUUCCGAGUUGAGUACCACAGAUGUCCACAAUAUGCUAUACUUGUACAGUUUGAUUAUUGUAUCUUAUGAAAACUGUCAAUGAGUAUCAAGUACAAACUUUUCUUAUUUUCUUAAGGCUUCCAAGAUGUCCACACGAUGAUCUUCAUUGGUUUCGGAUUUUUGAUGACCUUCCUAAAGUGUUAUGGUUUCAGCAGUGUGGCCUUCAACUUUCUGAUUGCAGCCUUCGGCCUUCAGUGGUCUACUCUCAUUCAGGGCUUUUUUCAUGGCUUCCACGAUGGGAAAAUUCAUAUUGGUAUCGAAAGGUGAAUAUCUAAAUUAACAAGCAACCACCUCUAAAAUUAUGUUGUAUAAGCUGAGCUCAGACUAACUUAGGAUCUCUUGCUAAAAGACAAAUGUGUGUCAUUGAGAAGUAUAUGGCAGAUAUGUUAAAUCCUUUACAUUUUCCUGGAAAAUGGGUACUGAGUGUUUAUUUGGGCUAGAACUCCAUUAAUUGUCUGCCUGUAGUAGAAUGGUAGAAAACUUUUAGAGUCGUGUUCCAAAUAUGCAGCUCUACUCUUGUUUAAAGGUCUGUCCAAGUUCUAAAUUAAAACACAAUGUUCUAAUAGUGGAAGGUGAGAGCCACAGGUAUUCAGUCUAAUAUUCUAAAUUUAACCAUGUGUUCCUCUGAAUUGUCUUUUAAAAAACUAUUUGUUCGGUCGCACCGAAUUUUAUCCAUGGGGAGUUUAAGUUCGAGUAAAAGUCCCAUUCAAAACUUUUGUGGAAAAAUUAUUUGAUCAAAUCAGAUUCGUGCGAAAAAUGUGCCAAUUUUAGUUUACAGACAGUACUCCAAAUCUUGAAAUAGCUCGUUCAUUGUCUGUUUCAAUUGUUUUGUAAUUUUGCCAUUUAGCAAUUUGGAGUUGAGCAAUUUAUAUGAAUCACCAAAAUUCGAACAAGAUGAAACUGAAUACACAAAUCUACCAUGUGGCAUUUGUACUUGACAAAGAAAUAAAUAUAUGAAAAGCAGGAAAAAAAAUAAAAUAAAUAAAAACCUUAAAGGGACACUGGGCAACAGCGCAACAUCAAUGUUUGAUUUAGUACAUUUUGGUAGAUUUUUUUUUUUCCUCAUAUUUAAAAUUUAAAAUUUAGUGAAAAAAAAGCCUACGUACAAAAAAAAAACUUUUGUAGGUUUUGGCAGCAUAGUUGUCUUGUCACACCCCUUUUUACAGAACGGCCAAUCUAUACUGUCUUCUUAUUACCUAUCCCCUUUUUCAUUAGCAAUGUAAAGCACAGUGAUUGGUUGAGGGGUGGAGACAUAUCAGCAGCUCAGCUCAUACUGAUCUCUUAUUGGCUAAGCUGCAUACAUCCACUCCUUUCAAUAAUGAAGACUUUAUAUAAAAAGGUGGCGUGGAUUAGGGGCCCAGAGUUAGGUCGAAAAGGAGAAAACAUUUGAGUACUUUAGCAAAAGUAAAAAGAAUAUGAGUCCAAACUCUAUCAAAUGCACUUAAAGAAAACUUGUCUUUUUACAAUUAUUUGUAACAUUGAAAUAUUUCAUUAUUUAAUUACAUUUUCAGCCUCUCCAUUACCCAUUCCAGUGGUGAGAUGGUGUCCUGAUCGAACCUGAAUGUAAUAGAUAAUAUGUGGGGUAAAAUCUGACCGCCAUUUUGGAGUCAGGAACGUUUUUUCCCAAUUUGCUGCACAAGUGGAAAUCACUAUCACUUCAAAUUAUGUUUUUCACCUUCAUUUUAAUCAGCUGAAUAAAAAUUAUAACGAGAAUGCUGUCUAGACAACAGUGUAUGGACUUGGUUCCGCCAAAACCAAAGACAAAAUCAGAAUGUCCAGCACAAGACUUCCAUUUAGCUGAUCAUUUAAUAAGGUAGCAAAUGGAAAGGUGACAUUUCAUCCAAACAAGGCCUUUACCAAACCUCAUAAGGCCUUGUGUGGCAGAAACAUCGCCUUUCAGUUUGGCCCCUUAAUAAAAUAAUCAUGGAACUGGUUUGUGUUGGACAUUGUGGCUUUUUUUUUUUUUUAAAUCAACAGCAGAAACAUAGGUUUUUGUACAUCGAAACUUGAUGGCAUUGAGUAUUUUUAUCAUUCUAAAUUACUAUAUAACCAUUAAAAAAUGGUUAAAACACUUAUGAAAUAAGAACAUUAUUACCAUUUGCCCCUAGAAAGACGUUUGUGUUACUGUGGUUCAUGUGUUGGGCUGGCUUCCAAUUGGAAUUGUCAAAUCGUCCUUUUAUAGUUCUGAUAUGAACCCUUUUGAUAUCAAUGCCAAUUCAAGCCAUUGGCGAUUUUCCACUGUAACAAGGUUUCAGCCCUUACUCAAUGCCCUCUUCAAACUGGAACAUUGUGUUUGCUGAAGCCUUUAAUCUGCAUUUCAUACUGGAGGCGCAUUUCACCUGGAGAACGCAACAGGAAGAUCAAUAAAAAUGGGGCUGCUGGAAACACGAGGGUAAUUUGCCCUGACGUAAAUUAGUAAACUAAAUAAAGCUACAUUGAUUAACAGAGUGUAAAUAAAAAUGGCUAUAAAAGACAUGGCUUAAAAAAGGAGCUGUCCACAUCCUAGGUUUCUAAUCGUAUGUUUACUUGUUCCUGUUUUUAACAAACAUGUAUUUGUGAGAUGUGAAAAGCAAAAUGAAAUGUAGAAACCCACACCUUUUUAUCCUGUCGCUGGGUGCCACCAUCUUAGCUCCCUGCCAAUCAUUGUUUUGAGUUCUGUCCUUUGCACUUGGCAUACGGAGAAGAAGAGACAUUUACCAAUGUUUAUAUUUGUACGUUUAAAUGACAGUUGUCGCCACAAAACUAUUUUAAUAUAAUAAUCAUUUUGAAAGGGUGCCAUUUUUAAAAUUCGGUGUAUAUAUUAAAACAAAAUGAGAACAAUUCAUCCCUACAGUAUCCUUCAUCCUUAUAUAUGUCCCUUGAGUCAGACAGAGUUUGGAAAUAGUUGGACUCUAUGGUCAUCCCAGCAUCAGUCCCGGCACAGAGUCCUUGAAGACCAUAGAGACUACCUGUUGGGUCAAAUACUGUCUGACCCAAGAUGCAUGUAUAUGGCUGAAGGAUCGUAUCUUAUAGGGAAUGUUUACAUAUCCUUCAUUAAAAAAAAUACCAAUGUACUUUCAAAAUAUACUACAAUAGUUUUGAAGACACGCCUGUCCUCUAAUUUUAAAGUACUUUUGUCUUGUCAGAACUGAAUUAUGAUGUUGUUAAAUCUUUAAUGUAAAUUUAAAAGAAAAUAGAGUAUUUCAUUAAAAAAAAAGGUUAACGCAAGUUAUAGAUCAUUUUCAAUGUCCUAUUCAAUAAUAUAUAUUCCAGAUAAGUUACUUUCAACCUGUAUAACUAUAAUUAUUAUUGAGCCGUAAAUGUAGCCGUGCAUGUUAAACCACCUGCUUGUUUGAAAAUACUUCUGUUCAGAGUACUGCACCACAUCUUAAAAAAAUCUUUCAAAAAAAUGAACAUCCCUUUUUUUGGGAAUCACUGCAAACGCGUAGGGACAUAGAAACCAUUAGAAACCUAUUUGAUCUCUGGCUAAUUUUAUUUUUGCAAUUGCAAUGAGGAAUCGUUUGUUGUGUGUCUGGUGGAUUGUAUAUUGACAUAGCUUUCCUCGUUAUUACAGCAUGAUUAAUGCAGACUUCUGCACCGGGGCUGUCCUCAUCUCCUUUGGAGCCGUUUUAGGAAAGACCAGUCCUGUGCAGCUGAUUGUGAUGACCCUGUUUGAAGUUACCCUUUUUGGUAUUAACGAGUUCAUCAUUCUUAGUAUUCUUGGGGUAAGUAUUCACGUGAUGUGUUGGAUAUUCAAACCUUUGGUAUUAAAUGUACAAAUCACAAGAAUAUCAUAUACGACAUCUUUUUGAACAAACUUACUCUGAGACCCUUCCCAAGUUCCAUAUCUUUCAAUUCUUGCACCUUAUUGUAAACUCUGCUGAUGAUUUUGAUUUUUUUUUUUGUUUCCUUUCUCCAGGCAAAGGAUGCCGGUGGUUCCAUGACCAUUCACACUUUUGGUGCAUAUUUUGGACUUGUUGUGUCCCGGGUUCUUUACAGACCUCAGCUGGAAAAGAGUCGAGCCAGGGAGGGCUCUAUUUACCACUCAGAUCUCUUUGCCAUGAUCGGUUAAGUAACUAUAAUAAAGAAUAGUAUUAAAAUGUGCGCGAUUGGAUGCCAGCCAGGGAUCUAUGUUCACAAACACAUUAGAUCAUAAUUAUAGUUUGAGAUUUGCUUUCUAAAGCUUGAUAUUUGUUUGGUCACUCUUUGUAGUGUUCGGACCACCCCUCAUAGUGGAAUGGGGUAGGAAAAACGUUAAAUAAUUAUUAAACUGGAGGAGAGAUUUUUUUCCUUUCUUCUAAAGAGUGGGCAUUAUAUGUAAUUUAUACCUUGCUAAUCUACUAAUGCAAAUUAAAUGUAUUUCUUCUUCAAAUAAUGAGGAUCUGUUGCUUUUUCACAUGUAGGAACGAUAUACCUUUGGAUGUUUUGGCCAAGUUUUAACUCAGCUGUCACCGCUCAUGGGGACGACCAACACCGCACUGUGCUAAACACCUACUACUCUUUAGCUGCCUGCACGUUGGCUACCUUUGCUCUAUCGUCAAUGUUAAACGGAGAAGGCAAACUUGAUAUGGUAAGGAGACUAUACCUCUUCUUGGUAGAUCUGUUGGUCUACCCAAAGCUGGCAAGCAGGGAGAGGACUAGUCAAGAAAGAACAAGGAAAAUAUUAGAAUUUUGCAUGGUUGACCUUUGAUAUUUUCCUUGGAAUUUCUGAUGCUUGUUCAUGCGACCGUUCAGCCAAAUAUUGUCCAUGAGAAAACAUUCAAGGAAACAUUUGGACAAACCAACAAGGGUCAAUCAUUGUACUGCAAAAUAUACAUGUAAUAGAAAUAUUAUGUAUAUAUUUUGCAGUACACUGAUAGGUGCAUUUUCCCACCCUUUGGUUCAAAGGUCAAGUGAGAAAUAGUAACUAAUUGUGGGAAACAGAGGAGGAGCAGGAAAAAAACAACUAUAUAUGUUAUAUAUUAUAUAAUUUCUCAAAUGUAUAAUAUACCGUAUAAAAAAGAAAUAUAGAGAUUUUUUCCCCACUGUUCCUUGCUCCUUCGUCUUGCUGGAAGAGCAUCGAAAAUGGUAAUCUCUACGUAUACACUGUCUUCACCUUUGUUCUUAUUGACCCAAGAAACAAAGUCCGAAAGAAAACCAAGCUACAAACCUGAAAACACAAGGUUUGGAAUAGUCCGUACACUAAAAACACACAGCUAACUAUUGGUUUCUAGAUGUAAGCUAGAUUUUAGCUGAAGUGCUGAUUAGGCAAAGCAGGUUAACAAGAAAUAUAGUACUAUAGUCUCCACUUAAUUAGCUUUUAAAAGCUCUUGCAUCACUUGACAAAUAUUUUUUAAACCAGCCGGCAAACACUUUUAAACAAAUAUACAAACCAAAUGUGAUCACAUCUUAGAAAAGAGUGCUAAUGUUAUAAAUGGAGAUUUAAUGUUUGAAAUGGAGUUAUUGAGCCAGUUCCAUGAAAUUCUGUGCCCACAGGUUCAUAUCCAGAAUGCAGCGCUGGCAGGUGGUGUCGCUGUGGGUACGUCAGCCGAGAUGAUGUUGACUCCCUUCGGUGCUAUGAUUGCUGGAUGUCUCGCUGGCAUUAUCUCAGUCCUAGGAUACAAAUUUUUAACGGUUUGUUACUGUUUUAAUGACUCUCCUCAAUACUAGGAUCUUGUCUUUGUCUUGUCCUUUUUAGCCCAAUAUCUACACGUAGGAAGGAAAUAUACAAAUGAAAUACAUCAAUUUUAAUCAUUUUUUUUUUUAUUGGCAUACAUAUUCACCUGCUGUUAUUAAAAAAUGCUAAAGAAAGAAAGAAUUUUGGAAGCAGAUGUCUUCUAAGGUAUGGUGGACAACUUAUCCACUACCUUGCUGGUAGUGUGCCUUUCUUACAUAUUAAGAUGUUACAUUAUACUGCAUUACACCUAGAUUUUUAAUUGCUGAAAGAAACCAUGAUCCCCAGCCAAUGUGCCCACCAGACACUACCUUAUAGUCCCCAUGGAUGCCCAGCAUACGCAGCUUAGCUGGUGCUGGUGCUGGUAGACAAUUUCUUUAUAUAUAACUUUCUAGAAUGUGAUACUCAUAAUAACCAGUCAUGUGGCAUUUACCUACUCCAUGUCUAUCGGGUCCAUGGAGGCUCAAGAACUUCUUAUGCCCUGCAAUGACAGUUUUGCCUACAGAGCUUGUGGGUCAAGCAGGAGAUCUGUAACCAGUGGCUUUCUCUCAGCCAUCUAGAACAGACAGAGGCAAGAAUACAAGGUAUAAUUAUGUGCCACCUCUUCCUGAAGCCCUAUGUUGCUAUCAAAUCAGGGAAUAGAUACCUGUAACCAUACUGUAGAUUAAAAUCCAACUUUGAUACAAAUUAUUAUUAUUAUUUUAUUAUUUAUAUAGUGCCAGCAAAUUACAUAGCACUGUACAAUGGGUGGACUAACAGACACGUAAUUGUAACCAGACAAAUGAACGCACAGGAACAGAGGGGUUGAGGGCCCUGCUCAAUGAGAAUGAGAAGAUGCUGUUGAUGACCAACAGUGUCAAAGGCAGCAGAAAGAUCAAGGAGAAUUAGGAUAGUGUAAUGGCCGUGAAAUUUAACAGCGACUAAAUAAUUGGAUACUUUGGUCACAGCUGUUUCAACAGAGUGACGAGUGCGUAAUCCAGACUGAAGCUGGUCAAGCAGAGAGUUGGAUUCGAGGAAUCCUGUCAAUCUUGCAUACACAACUCUCUCAAGGAUCUUGGAGGCAAAUGGCAGUAGCAAUAUAGGGCGGUAGUUGGAUGGGGAGUUGGGGUCAAGGUUGGGCUUUUUUAUAAUCAGCAUUAUGGUUGCAUGCUUGAAGGGUGAAGGAAAUGUGCCAGAGGAAAGGGAGAGAUUGAAAAUUUUAGUGAGAAGAAAAGCAAGAGCGGGAGACCGAGUGCAGAUGAGAUAUGAGGGAAUAUGAUCGAGGGAAUAGGUGGUGGGGCGGGAGGACCGGAGCAGAGCAGAAACCUCUUCUUUUGUAGUAGGUGCAAAUGAGUAUAGAACAGCAGAGGGAGUGGGGUUGGGUGAUGUAUUGAAAGGGGAGGAAGAGAGGUUAGAGAUCUCUUUCCUGAUUAUAGAAAUCUUCUCAGUGAAGUGAGUUGCAAAGUUUGAGGUGGACAGGGUGGUAGGAGGAGGGGGAGAAACAGGGCGAAGCAGAGCAUUAAAAGUGUGAAAUAGUUGUUUGGGUUUGCGAGAGAGUGUAGUUAUGAGGGUAUGGAAGUAAUUUACUUCUGCAGAGGAAAGAGCCAGAGUGUAGGAGCGCAGUAUAAAUUUAUAGUGGAGGAAGCCAAGUGCAGAGUGAGACUUUCUCCAACCGCAUUCAACAGUUCUGGAGAUAUCAGGUCAGCUUGGUGUGCCAGUGUUGUAAUUGGGAAUACUUGCUGCGUUUAACUGUAGGAGGUGCCAUGAUGACAAGCUGAGAGGAGAGAGUGAAGUUGUAGAGUGAGGUUGCAGAGUUAGGGCAAGUGAGAUUUGAGAUGGGUAAAAGGAGAGUUUGGAGUUUGGUGGAGAAAUGCUGGAGAUCCAGGCAGUGGAGGUUUCUGUCAGACUGGAGAGUUGAGGGUGGUGAAAUUUGGGUACGGGAUAUGCUGAUGUCAAAGGUUAGCAGAUGGUGGUCAGAUAGAGGAAAUGGAACAGUGGAGAGAUUGGAGGUGGUACAGAGAUUGGUGAAGAUGAGGUGAAGAGUAUUUCCUGCUGUAUGAGUUGCUGAAGUAGACCACUGUGUGAGGCUGAAGGAGGAGGUUACAGAGAGCAGAUGGGAGGCACCAGGGCAGUUGAGGUUGUUGAUUGGGAUGUUAAAGUCCCCAAGUAUGAGGGAAGGAGUGCUAGAGGAGAGAAAGUGGGGUAGCCAGGAAGAAAAGUGUUCAGUGAAUAGCCUGUAAUGACAAGGGGGGAGGGGCGAUAGGUGAUGGCAAAAUUGUUAAAGAAGUGGGCUUAAAUAUGCGGACAGUGUGAACUUCAAAGGAAGUAAAGGAUAGUGCAGGGGCAGGGAGGAUAGGUUGAAAUGUUCAUUGAGGGGAGAGAAGGAUGCCUACACAGCCGCCUUUACAGUGGAGUCUGGGAGUGUGGGAAGUUUACAGCGAUUCUCAAUUGACCUUACAUUUGUUUUACUCUCUCAUGCAGCCAGUGCUGGACUCCAAGCUAAAAAUUCAAGACACGUGCGGGGUACACAACCUCCAUGGAAUGCCAGGGAUCCUGGGGGCACUUAUCGGUGUGAUUGUAGCAGCUGCUGCCACCGCAGAUAUUUAUGGAUUAGGGUAAGUGAACUUCAAAAUCGAUAUUUUCAGCAGACACUCUUUGCCCUCGUGAGACUUAAAACUUCAUCUUCUGAAUUGACUUAUCUAAGAAUUAUUUUGAGGUAACCAAGUUCCCCUGUUUUUUUUUUCCCAGCAUGGAAGACGUAUUCCCCCUAAUUUAUGAUGGUACCCGAACAUCUAAGUCCCAAGCUGUUUACCAAUUACUGGCCUUGCUAGUGGCUUUGGCUUUUGCUCUGAUUGGUGGCAUAAUUGUAGGUAAGUUGCCACCACAUACAUAACUGAACAAGUCGACACAAAACUAUUGUAAUAUAAUUAGAAUAUAAAAUUAAUGCUUAUUGGAUUUAGUUUAAAUCUUGUAUACAAUUCCUUGCUUCUACGCUAGAUUUAAAAAAAAAAUUUGUUUGCAAUCAUCCUUCGUCUGUUCCUUACAUGCCAGUAUGGCUUUGCAUAUUUGAUUUGACAUAUUUUGAUUUUUACAUUUGCCAACCGUUUGGCUAACAGAAUGCCGUGCCCUGUGAAAUACCACCAUUUUCCACAUAUCUACCAAAGGCCUACUUUAUAUAGAGAGAUUGUAACUAUGGUUCAUGAGUGCAGAGCAAGAGAAUUGUGUAGUAUCUGAUGCACAUGAACGUUUGCUAUAUAGUUUCAAACUUGUUUGUGAUUUAAUAUCCCCUGUCACUAGUAAGAUUUAUGGAAAAUGCUACUCCAAUUUAGAUCCGCGCAUUCGUGGCUGGGCCAUAUGGGCAGUUGGGGCAGCGUCCCCCCAGUUUUUGUUACAAAAAAAAUAAAUAAAAGAUAUCAAAUUUUUUGUAAGGACUAAGUGUGUUAGAAAAAUCAUGUUAUUUCCUGGAUGCACUAAUAGACCGCCGUAUGCACUGCCAUGUUGUUUGGUAACAGCAUUAGGGGUGUAGUUGAACCUUUUAAAGUGGUUGUUUCAAAAAUAAAUGAAUCUAUGGAUUCAUGGUGUUUAACAGGGCAUAAUGUCUCAUUGGCUCAGUUGAGUACAUGGGGCUCAGUUGAUAGAGACCAAUAAGUCGGGGGCAGUACCCCACCAGCUUCAUUAUUCAUCACUGGACCAAACAAUCCGUGGACUCCUCAAAGUAAUCUUUUUUUCUAUUCUCACAUCGAGGAGCAUAUGAUUCCACUUUUUGUAUGUUAUUUAUAUAUUCAUAUACAGAACCACGAAUCGUUGUAUUUCUUUUUGCACAUUUAAUGUCAAAAUGUAAAACCUUGAAUGGCUUACAUGUAAUUGCUGGGCGUGCCUUUGACCUUUGUAGAUCAGAAAUCAAAUUGGAAAUUCGAUAUAAGCACAAACUCUUUUUCUGACAGCAGAGGGCACUACAUCCCAAGCUAAAAAUGUACGGUUUCAAUUAAAAUAGUUAAAAAGAUCUUUAUAGAUAUUUAUUAGAGUUAUCGAUAGUACUAUUUCAGUUAUAUUUUUACAGAGUACCAGGUAUUGAAUUCUAACAAAAUACACAUUUUUAAGUAUCUUGUCGAAGAUGUAUGUAUGAAGUAUUUGAGUUAGGGGUUAGGUUUUCAGUGUUUUCUUAAAGCUUUGUUUUUAGUUUGACAAGUUAAACCAUAGUUGUCACGCUUCAGUAAAAUUGUGAAGCUGUACUUCUGCAAAUAUUUAACUGUCACCCUCAUUGUAAAAAAAAAAAAGAGUGCGGACAGAUUUUUAAAACAUUUUUUUUUUAAAUAGUCCGAAUUCCUAGUUCCUCCUCGACGUGUUCAGUCUGGUGGUGAACUUUAAAGGUCACAAACGUUUUCACUAUUGAGGCCCUGGCAAAACUUUGGUGAAGAGAAUCCCUCUAUAGCAGAUUGCAUAAUUUGUUUCCAAUUCUGCUCAGAGAAAAAAUGCUUAUAUUUUUUAUAGUUGGAUCAAUACGUAUUACAUGUUGUGACCAUUAUUUCAGCGGGCCGGUAAAGUUGUAGAAGUAGAAGAACCUCGUAAAAAAAAUCUUUUUAGUUAAGUGUAAGUUCACUAAUAAUAAGUGGAAAAGUGCACACGAGUAUAUUACUAAUACAGUUCUUAAAUUCAGAAUGCUGUUCCUUUAAUAAAUAAUUUUAAAGUGCCACACGUAACAAUUCAAUAAAGUGUGAUUGUUCAACAAAGUGCUCCUUGACAAAAGUGCAGAAACUAUAAAUAGUGCAAGCAUCCAUCGCUAACAAUUCUAAAUAAUUCCAGUUUAUUUAUAAGGUGCACAAAAUCAAAUAGUUCUACAGAUUUCGUCCACCUAAACCUAUGUUUGUUCUCCUAAUUUAACCCCUUAAAGACACAUGACAGAAAUAUUCCGUCAUGAUUCCCUUUUAUUCCAGAGGUUGUGUCCUUAAAGGACCAUUAUAGGCACCCAGACCACUUCAGCUUAAUGAAGUGGUCUGGGUGCCUGGUCCAGCUAGGAUUAACCCUUUUUUUUUUUUUUUUUAAACAUAGCAGUUUCAGAGAAACUGCUAUGUUUAUAAAUGGAUUAAUCCAGCCUCUAGUGGCUGUCUCUUGACAGCCGCUAGAGGCGCUUGCGUGCUUCUCACUGUGAAAAUCAUUCAAAAUUAUGAAUGCUUUCCUAUGAGACUGGCUGAAUGCGCGCAGCUCCUGCCGCGCAUGCGCAUUCAGCCGAAGAGGAGGAGAGGAGGAAGAGAGCUCCCCGCCCGGUGCUGGAGAAAGAGGUAAGUUUAACCCCUUCUUCUCCCCAGAGCCCGGCGGGAGAGGGACCGUGAGGGUGGGGGCACCCUCAAGGCACAAGUAUGUUUUCCUGACACUAUAGUGGUCCUUUAAGAGGAAAAAAACAUGCAUAAAGGUCUUGCAUUCAUUAGGGGGAAAUAAUUGCAUCUCAGAAUCCACAAGACAUUUAGAAACCACACGACCUUCUCCUGUGUUUUCUCCAAAACCCAACACUGGCAUUAUUAUAUCCUAAUACACGCUUCACCAUUAUGUAUACUAUAUAUAUACACACACACGUUCUCUAUCUAUUUCAUUAUAAGUAAUAGUUUAUUUUAUUUUUUUUGUAACGCAUUUGCGAAUCACAGACAAUUAUAUAUCCGUAUUAAACGUUGGCAAAGACAACGCAUUGAACGAUGUGAUAUUUAUGCGAAAGAAUUAGCAAUUGAAUCAAUGAUGCUACAAUGUAGGUGGUUUUCUUUCUUUUUUUUUCUCUGUUUUGUGUUUUUGUUUCUUCAGCUUCUGGGUGUUUAUUACCGUAUAACCGUAUCACAAUUAUCUCGGUUUAUUUCUCGCAGGCUUCAUUUUGACGAUUCCCAUCUUUGGUGCGCCAUCUGACGCUCAAUGUUUCGAGGAUGCCAUAUACUGGGAGGUAGGAUUACAAACACGCAUAGAAAAUAUAUGAGACAUCAGACGGUUUUCAGGGAGACCGAUAUGUAUUUAGGCCCCAAAUAAAUUUUAUUUGUCUCAACCAAACCCACUGUGGUACAGUCAAUAUCCAAAAAUUGUCACAAAGUAAUAGCAUGAUUCUGCUCUUUUCAGUACGUCCCGGGAUAUUUACUGUACUGUACUUUGGCAUAAUGUUACAUAAUUAUUAUUAUUAUUAUCAUUUAUAUAGCGCCAACAGAUUCCGUAGCGCUUUAGAAUAUUUUGAGAGGGGGGAUGUAACAAUAAAUAGGACAAUUACAAACAGAAUGAAAACUGUGAAGAGUCAUAUCUAUAAAGGAACCACAGCAACAUCUCAGUCUUAUUUAUUCUUAUAUGUAGUGAAUGUCCAAUAUAAACCAAUGGAUGAGUCCUACUGUAGGAGAGGUUUCAUAAUGUGCCUCUCUCUUGAGGUGAUACUGUGGCAUCUGAGAUUAUAUGACACAAAUAAAGGCAAAAGUUUUGCAUGAUACUUUUAGCAGAGGCACUUGAAAUAGCUCUUCACAUUUGAAUUGCAUUGUAAAAUUCAAUAAUUUAAAAGUGGCUAUAUGCUCAAGAUCCAAAGUUGGCCCAAAGUUGCUUCAAACAUUGUCAAAUCAUCUGUUUAUUGGGGGGUUUUUUUUUGUUUGUUUUUUUAUAGGUACCCGGUGAAGAAGGCCAUCAACAAAUGAUUGCUGUCAAUACAGAAGAUCCAGACCAACAGACAAAUGCAUAAUCCAAAAUGGCUUAAAAUAACCCAAGGGUGAUUCUUCUUGGCGAUUCUUCUGGGGCUUUCAACAGUAGCGUCUCUAUAUUCUGGUGCCAAACUAACCCUUAAAUGUGAACCCCUAAGUAUUAACUGUUAACACCUACCAAGGAACAUUCCAUUAGAGGAGAACUCUAGAUUUAAAAAAAAAAACAAAAACAACUUGCACCCAUUACGGUGCACUGGGCGGAACAAAAAUCUCAAUGUGUCUGUGUUAUUCUACUAUACUUUUUAAAAUCUUAAGCUUCUAUGGUCCAAGCUAUUAGUAUUUUUUUGUUGUUGAAAGGACUGCACGUUGUCUUCCUUUGUAUUGUAAAAUUGUUUACAUUUUCAAAAAUAUUGCGUUUGUAUGAUGGGCUUAGGGCAGCCUAAAGGCUGCUUUACAUUUUUGAUCUACGCUGUCCAUGUAUGUGAUUCUUAAUGGAUUAAUCAAUUUCUGUCGCCGGUCACUUCUAUUUUAAAAAAAUAUGGAAAAUCCAUAAGACACUUUGCCAAAGGGGCAAACAGAACACCGUGAACUCUUUGCUUUUGUAGUGCUAUGGAGCUUUGCAGAACAGGUCUAUGAGUGGAUUGGUGUAGCAUAACAUGGGCAUUAUCUCAUUUAAUACAACAUUUUACAGAACACGAAUAAACAGUAAUCAGGGAAGAAUGGUUCACAAAGGACCAAGCUGACCUGAGAUAUAUACUGAGAUAUCAUUUUGUAGGACUAUCCUCUCAAGGCCCAUUUGGCCUUUCUCGGAGUGGAGGAGGUGAACUGAUGAACUCCUUAGCAUUUGUGUGAUCGUAAAGGGAAACGUGUUUUAGCAAUUACACAAAUAUGAUCAAGUUGGUGAAGUUUCUUACUAGUAAACCAAAACGUGUGAGAACGACCUUGAACCAAGGACUAUUGUUAAAACACUGAGGCAAUGAACAGGUGUGAGGAGAAAGGAAUGUUAGAAGUAUUUCUUGUAUUUGAAUGUCUGGUUUCAGAAUAACUGCUCCCAAGUUCCAUUCUGAAGUUUUUAUUAGAAUGCGGUCGGAGGAUAAAUUGAGCAGUAUUGCAAGGACACAGCAGUCCAUCAAAAUAACACAAAAGGGUAUUUAUUUUGGAAACAUAGUAGCCAAAUACAUUACACCUUAACAUACAACUACAAACCCAGCAGGCGUGAUAGAAAAAGGAUAAAUUUACAAUGCUAUAUUUCAUCCAUUGCCAUAGAUGAUAAUGUGGUCUAUUCAGGAAUAAGGCUCGAUGCAAGUGUACUCACAAAGUUAUAACUUUGCUCGGAAUUCGGGGUGAGCUGACCAUCGUUAUCUUGAUUGUUCACUAACGUAACACCUGGUGCAACUAAGGUUACAGAAGAUCCCCCUAGUUGUAUUUCAUUAAUCACAAGAACUUAAUCAUGUUCCAUUGGAAGUCAUCUCCAAGCUUUGGAGUUCAUCAGAAUUUUGAAGGAACCCAAGGCGGUCAAAGUUCAUUUUUAGGAUGUUUAACACUGUAGCAGUAGCUUAGGGUGACAAAAUACAAAGGGAAUCAAAGUACCGACAGUGAAAAAGCAGAGUCAUGCUUAUAGACAAUGAAGACUCUGCUUGGUAGAACUUGGCUGUCCCCUGGGCAACUUGGUGAAAACGUUUAAUUGAUGUAUACGUUUACGUUCUGCACACACUGCCCACGGCUACCAGAUAUUUCCUAUCAACAAUAUGGGUGUCAUAAAUGAAGUAUUAAAGUGUAGAUCUUGGAGUCAUUUAGACUAAUAUUGUCACAGUUAUCUAUGUUAUAAUGCUCCUAUACCUUCCAAAUAUAAUUUAAAAAAAAUAAUAAUAAUUUUUAACUCAUAUUUUAAACUUACUUUUCAUCGUGUUGAAUAAAAAAUAAACAUGUUGCUUUAUAUUUACAUUACCUCAUUAUCACUGUCAUUAACCUUUUUUUAUAAUGAUUUUAUGAAUUAAGUAUAUAUAACCAUCGUGGAGACAAUUAUGCACCCAGAAAUGAACAAUUUUAAAAAUUCAAUUAAAACACGACAAGAGAGAAACCGUUUUAUACAAAUUUACUGUGAAGCUUAAAGCUCCUCCUCUUUUAUGGAGCACGUUGAUGAUUUAAAAUAUUUUACAAACCGGACGAGAUUUUAUUAAGCAGUGUACAAUGUUGUCAUUGUCAUUACCCAGACUCCUCCGGGUGCUGAAAUAUCACAUUAGAUCUCUUGAAGUAUUUUAUGCAUGUAACUUUAACAAUCUAAACUUUUGUACAUUUUUCAUUUACCCCAAAACUAAACCGUGCGUUUUUGUUGUUUUAUUGUUCACGAUUUUGAGAUUUUUAUUUUUUUAUUUGUUAGUUUAUUUGAAUAUUUUUUUUUUUUUGUUAAGUACAAACUGUGCAUAUAUGAAAUGGCAUACCUAUCAAUAGAAAUAAAUACCUGUACACUAUU